AUAUAUAGUUUAUAACAAUUAAACAUUUAAAUAUUAAACAAAUAAAAAUGAUUGGAAAAGCAGUUCAUAUAGGAGUAGACUUGGCUUUAUUAUCAGCCUUCUUAGCUGGUGUUAAAAGAAAUACUGGAUUAACUGUUGAUUAUGAUGCCUUUGGUGAUGAAUACCCAAAUCUUAAAUACUAUUCAAACAAGUAUUUACAAGUUGGUGAACAACUUUUUGAUUUCACUGCUGCUUAUCUUACAACUUCAGAUUAUUUUAAACGUAAAUAAUCAAAAGAUUGUUAAUUUAUUUAAUUCUUUAUUUAUUCAUUUAAGUAACCCUAUUUUUAUUUUAUAAUUGGUAAGUAACUGGUUUAUCAGUAGAUGAUAAAGGUGUAUAUAUUAUGUAUGUAUAGUUAUUAUUCCUACUAUGUUUAUAUUCAUUAAUGUUUUUUUUUUUAUUUUGUACAUACACGAUUUUUACUAAAUGAUAGA